UACCAUGGUCGCUGCGAAACGCAAGAGGAACGCUGCUGCGGUGCCUGAUGCAGUCCCCUCUCCGCCACCUAAUGGACUCACCAAUCCGCAGGCGAAUCCCGAGGUCAUUGACGCGCCGAACGCAUACAGAGCUUCACCGGACAGCGAUGUGGAUAAGCGUAUAGCACCUGGGCCUAUCAAGUCAGAGCCUGGAUCAGAGUCGCCCUUGUCUGAUGCUUGCUUGAACACCUAUCUUCGCUACAGCACGCCACCUGUUUUCGCUUCUCGUACUUGUCGCAUUGCCUCGAUCUUGGAACACAGGCAUCCUCUCCGCGAUCCCAACGAGCCUGAACAUCCCACCAAGAACCGUCCUGAUCGCGAGCAGCCUGCCAGCAUUGAGCGAGGUCAAAAGUAUGUCGAAGCACUCGGCCUGGCCAAUGCUAGAGAUGUCAUCAAGAUGCUCAGAUGGAACCACAAGUACGGCAUCAAGUUCUUGCGUCUGUCAAGCGAGAUGUUCCCCUUUGCUUCUCACGAGGAGUAUGGAUACAAGCUUACACCUUUCGCUGCCGAGACACUGGCAGAAGUUGGCAAAGUAGUUGCCGAGUUAGGCCAUCGUGUGACAACUCAUCCUGGCCAAUUCACUCAACUGGGAUCACCGCGCAAGCAGGUCAUCGAUAACGCUCUCCGCGACUUGGAAUAUCACGACGAAAUGCUUUCUCUNUUGAAGCUUCCCGAGCAGAUGAACAGGGAUGCAGUCAUGAUCUUGCAUCUCGGAGGUGUGUUUGGUGACAAGGCAGCCACUCUUGACAGAUUCCGCGAAAACUACAAGGCACUACCUCACUCAGUGAAGAACAGAUUGGUGCUCGAGAAUGACGAUGUCAGUUGGUCGGUUCACGAACUACUGCCUGUUUGCGAGGAGCUUAACAUUCCCAUGGUUCUCGACUACCACCAUCAUAACAUCAUUUUCGAUGCCGAGCAAAUCCGCGAAGGAACAAAAGAUAUUUGCGACCUCUACCCUCGCAUCAAGGCAACUUGGGACAAGAAGGGUAUCAAGCAGAAGAUGCAUUACUCCGAGCCGACUCCUGCUGCAAUCACCGGAAGACAGAGGAGAAAGCACAACCCGCGUGUAGCCACUUUACCGCCUUGCGCAGAUGAUAUGGAUCUCAUGAUUGAGGCCAAAGACAAAGAACAGGCUGUCUUCGAACUGAUGCGAACCUUUAAGCUGCCUGGAUAUGACACUUUCAACGACAUCAUCCCACAUGUCAGAAACGAUGACAACAAGGCAGCUAUGCAAGCUUCCAACAAAAAGAAAGCAACUCCAAAGAAGAAGGGCAAGCAGGUCAAGGAUGAAGACGAGGAGAUGGAAGACGAUGCAGGUUCCCUCGUAGACGGUGAGAGCUCUACCUUGGUACCUGAAGAGGAGGUCGGCAUGGGAGGUCCUGAGGGCCGUGUAUACUGGCCACCAGGCAUGGAAGAUUGGCUUCGACCCAAGAAGCGUGAAGUCAAGCCAAAGACAACAGGCUCAGCAAAGAAGGUCACACCGGCACAAAAGAGGAAGGCACUCGCUGAUGCCGUAGCCCUCGAGGCUGCUGUCAAGGAGCAGCAUGAGUCCGAUGAAGAGACAGCGGAAGCAGCCACACCAGCAACCAAGAAAGCCAAGGAAGCUCUCAAGCAAGAGCCGCCGCUGCGCGAGCAAAGUCAGAUGCUUUGCACAGCCCGCAGCAUCAGCUCCUACAGCAGCAGCAAAACCAGCACCCAAGCGCAAGGCAUCUGCACCAAAACCGAAGAAGGAAAAGGAGGAAAAGUUGAGGUCACACCACCGACCAGCGACGACUCAGAGCUCGAGUUGAACUCAUCAGAAGACGAUGCACCCGUCAAUGUACCCAAGCGACCUGCUCCCCGUGCAGGAGCAAGAUCGAGUGGCAGGGCAAACAAGUCCAAGGUCAGCUAUCAGGAGGCUGAUGUUAGUAUGGAUGAAGAU